GUCAGCGAAAGUUCACUGCAGUGUGGUUGGUUAUCCUCAGAGUCGCCAAAUGGAGGCAAAUAAUUUAUGAUUUGUGGCAUAUUUUCCAGCAAAAAUGGUGUACUAUUGAAGGAAAUAGUUAACUCUUAACACAGUUAUGAAAUAAACAAUUUUGAAGGAUAUUAAAAUUCAUGGUUGGAUUUCCUUGGACUUGAUCAUCAACAAAUUUCAAGGUCAGGGUUACUACACGGAUUACUCAACAUUGUGGGCUUGGAGGUAGCGAACAGACAGACAGACGAAGGGAAAGGCCGUCCCAUCAUCCUGUAACCUGGUCAUGUCUGUAAUUAUGGGCAAAGAAGCCAGUUUAGAUGGAUUGGAAUUCGACGGAGACACUGUGUUGUGCCGAGUGUGCGGUGAUAAAGCGAGCGGGUUCCAUUACGGAGUACAUGCAUGUGAAGGAUGCAAGGGAUUUUUCCGGCGCAGCAUACAACAGAAGAUUCAGUAUCGGCCAUGUUUAAAGAAUCAACAAUGCAACAUCAUGCGCGUGAACAGAAAUCGUUGCCAGUACUGCCGUCUGAAGAAAUGUAUAGCUGUGGGCAUGUCCAGAGAUGCUGUGAGGUUUGGAAGAGUUCCGAAGAAAGAAAAGGCCAGAAUUAUCGAACAGAUGCAAAAGAGCAAUCUUCAGAUGGUUGCUACGGCGAUGACCUCUGUACUUUCCCAGCAGGACCUUGUACAAGCUGUCAUUAUGGCGCACCAACAGACGUGUGACCUUGGGCCUGAAAAGGUCAAGGUCAUGAGAGAAAUAGCGCUGCUACAGAAUGACUAUGUGGACUGUCCAGCUCAUAUGGCCUGCCCUCUGAAUUUCAAUGUCAGUAGCGAUUCUACUGACAACCAAGAUUGGACAGAUUUCUCGGAAUUCUUCGCCCCCGCCAUCAAAUCGGUCGUGGACUUUGCAAAAUUGAUUCCUGGUUUCCUACUUCUCAACCAAGAUGACCAGAUUGUACUGUUGAAGGCUGCCACGUUCGAGGUAAUGUUGGUCCGUAUGGCGUGUUUGUUUGACAUGGAAUCAAACACAAUGAUGUUUGCGCACGGGAAGUUGUUUCGGCGGCAGACAUCAGGGCUGUCAACAAGUGUGGGAUUUCUGCUGGACUCCAUGUUUGACUUUGCUGAACGGUUCAACAAACUGGCAUUAACAGAAGACGAGAUUGCGUUGUUCUCAGCGGUGGUCUUGCUCUCUCCAGAUCGUCCUGGCUUACGUCAGACAGAGCAACUGGAGGCAAUACAAAGCAAACUGACGGAAUCUCUCCAGAAUCUGAUGAAUACGCACCAUACAGAGGAUAACACGCUCUUCGCAAAACUUGUCAUGAAAACACACGACCUGCGAACUCUCAACGCGUUGCAUGCGGAAAAAACUGUUGGUCAGGGGGAGAAAGGAGAAGAAGGGGACUUACAGGAUGGACAGGCCGAUAACAGGUCAGACGAUUCUCCACCAGCCGCCGACUCCCUGUCGUCAGCAACCCACAAUUCCUCGUGUUCGACGAUGGACAUGUCGUCAUAUGGAAGCAACAGCUCGCUCCUGUCCUCCCAUUCCCGCUAUUCCGAGGGUGCAACGGGACAGUCACCAUCACAGGUUGUGUUGAAAACGCCUUACGGUACAUUUUACCGCGAGGAUACAGGGUAUUAUGGCAUGAUGCAAGAACAGCCUCGUCGCAGGUGUCAUACGCUAGAUCGGGACUCAAUCUCCCGUCCUCGUCUUCACACCAUCGACGAACGUUCAAGGAGGCGUUACACAAUGGAUAAGGAAUAUAUUUCAAAGGUUGUUGGUCGUUUAAGUGACAGAUUAGAACAACAGGGACAUGUGAAUAGCAUGCCAGGAUCAGUGAAUAAUUCUAACGCUUCGUCACCUGUUCCGAUUUUAGAAGAGCAAUAUUCCUACAGAAACUUUAUUCCCAUUUCCACACCAGACUCGAGCGCAUGCAGUUCACGUACGAGCCCAUCAUUUCAUCCAUUUGCUUCAUCACCGAACUCGCCCCGUCCGAGAUCAGAUUCGCUUGGUCCUGAUGAUUUGGGUCCGAUGCGACCAAGAUGCGCUAGUUUCCAUGUCAACUCUGAGAGUAAUGGUUCACCUGGAGGACGGCCGUACCCAAUGGACCGGGAUUAUUUGACGCCCGACGGACAGCACUUUAGAAUGCCGCCAGAAAUGCGCCGAGGCAGUGUGGGGGCAUCGUAUGGACUUCAUGCCAAGAAAAAAUCGCUUCUGGUUGAUCGACAUCCAGCGUAUCUUGCACAAGCCGCUGAUAUGAACAUGUUCCGUAAACUUGAGAAACAACGGUCACCCCUUGCAAACGAAGAUACGAAAAAGAUGCAGCAGCAGCCAUUAAGCAGCGGUGGGAGCGCGUUCGAGCAGGUCCCGCGACUCUCUGUCCCGCUAUCCUCAACAUGGGGUCUGAAUUUGCCCCGCCCUGAACAUAUGGAGCCUCCCAAAGUGUCCGUUACUGCUCCAACUGAGGAAUUUAACCAGCAGAAUGGGAAUAACUCUGUUGUUAAAAGAGGAUCAGAAAUUUGUGUACAAGUUAGCUCCCCUAAUGACUCUUCAAUUAGCUCAGAGAUGGAGGGACAAAAUGUCAACUCGGAUGAAUUGUUUCAUAAAAAGUUUGAUAAGUUUAGGCAUAUGGCUGCACAUUCCGAUGAGAUGACGAAAAUGGAAGAUCUGACAAUUAACGAUGACUCGAUGGAAAGUGAGGAAAUGGUAAUUGACGAGACUUAUUACGGUGAUCAAUUACAUAAUUCUUCACAGGCAGCAUUUGACAAAUCGAGGAAAUCGGCCGGAGAGGCCCAUCCACAGUUACUUGCCCAAUUGAAAUCUGGUCCGCAGUUUAAGCCCACUAUUCACCCUGCUUUUCCAUUGACGGCUGGUCCGACGUUUGGAGAGCAUUCCCAGCUUAAACAACACAGUCUCAAUACAAGUGCAAUGGACGCUAGCAUCAUGAAAACAAGCAGCAAUAUCUCGCCAAAUAGUGUAGUUCUGUCUGUUCCGCAGACACCAUACCCGAGUCAAAGUUCACCGAAUUCAUCCCAGUCAGGUUCACUGAUGAGUAACCACCCAUGUUUACAAAACAUUCUGUAUCGUCCCCCGAACACUUCACCAAACACAAAGUCAGCUAACGAACAGUACUUUAAUAAUUCCAAGUCCCCAGGUGCUACACCAAUAAAAACUGAAAUGUCACGAAAAUAUCCCAGCUCAGAUUGUCUAAGUGAGUUAGCUCCCUCAGAGAGUUCUGAGUCCUCUCAAACUCACCAAAGCAUUCGAAAUGGUCAUGCCAUGUCACCGCCUGGCAUGUAUGCCCCCAUGUACACCCAAAGGCCGGGGCUAAAUGGCUCCCAAGGCAUGAUGGGAAAUCCCUACAUGGCUUAUCAGCAUAUGAUGUUACAACACCAGCAGCAGCAACAACAACACCAGCAGCAACAACAACACCAGCAGCAACAACAACAGCAGCAACAGCAAGGUGCCGGUGUUAGAAUGUCACAGUUUAAUAAACACCUAGCAGGUAUGCAACAAAUGGUGUAUGGCGGGAACCAACAACACUUGCGCAGGAGCAGCGGUGGUGAUCUGCCCUUGAAUCUCACACAAGCACCUGCUGGUUACCAGGCAACAGGGGAGGGAACUGAGCUGAACAGGAAAAUCAAAGAGGAAGUCAUAUCUUAACAGUGCUUUCCCCUGUUUUAGAAAAAUUACAAACAGUGCUCUCCCUUUGUUUUUGAAUCUCCAUAUAUGUUACAGUGAAAAGAUAGAUGUGUUUUUCUGGAUAUUUUGUUUAAUAAUAUCUAUAAAUUAUUCUUAUAGGGCAUUCAUGGGACAAAUGCUCAACUGAUAAUACAUUAUAUGUUGAUUAACAUUUUUCCUCCAUCUUGCGCUUUAUUGCCUUUAAGAUCUAUUGAUAAAUUUAUGGGUUUUAAGUUAAAAUAUGAAAUAACAUUUCCGAAAGUUAUGCUAGAAAUGAACAUAGACUGCUGAUUAACUGAUAAAAAGAUUGGCAUAAACUCAAAAAGAUUUAAAGCAUUGUACCUACAUUAAAAGUUUAUUUAAAUUAUUCCAAAAAAAUCAUAUUAUUGUAUUCAAAUUUACUGGAAUGUCCAAUAUUUUAGAAUCAGUGAUGAUCGUUAAGAGUCAAAUAGAAUAUAAUAAUAUUUAAUGUUAUAAUAUUAUUGUUUUAAUCUAUUCUCAUUCAGUAAGAGUGUACAUAAAAAUUUACUCUUGAUUAAGGAGCUAUAUUAAGGAGAUUUUGUUCACUUCAGAACAAAAUGAAGUGAUGGAAUUUUGAAGUUCACUCCAUAAUGAGUAUAAGAUCAUAAGAAUAUUUAUCAGAUUAAUUAAAUGUUGGUUGCAUCGACAUUAAAAGAAUAUUUCUAUAAAAAAGAUUACAGGGGAUUCUCUCAGAUUUUAUGUUGGAGAAAAUUAAUGACCUUUGCUUUAAUACAGUUAUUUCAGACCAAAAACAAAACAGCAACUAUCAGAAUGAUACUCACACCUUUAGACAGUGUUUGUAUAAACAUCAACCCUAAUUAUUUUAAUAAGCAAUAGCUUAAUUAAAUUGAGCAUAUUUUGGAUUAAAUGAGGCAAAACUCAUAGGGCCAUGAUUACCACCAGUCUUAUUUCAGUGUAACUGCCCUUCCUUAUAAGUUUUGAUGAUGAAAUAAGCUUAGUUCGAUUACAAUUCGGAACUAAUUUAUAUCUAUUUUCGUAAAUUGAAUAAAAUUAUGAUAAUUCUUUGUAGUUUGAUAAAAGUGCUUUUCUGAGCCUGAGUCUAGACUUGGAUUGGAGACUUUUUGUUAUCAUGGCCCCAACCUAUAAAAUAUGAGAGGGUCCCUUUUAGCUAAAUGCUUGUUAUUCCCAACUGUGUUGAGUUUACGGAGAUGUUGUUGUUGUUUUUUCCUGUAAAUAUUUUGCAAUAUAGACAACUGUUUUGGAAUUGCCCAUUGCUUGUCAAAAUGGUCAUUUCAUGUAUAUAAUAAAAGGACUGAUAAGCCAUUUGGCGUGCAAUGGACAAAGUAUCAGUGCUAUUAAUAAUGUGACAAAAGUAUUUGUUGGCAGUUAAAUAAAUGUAAUUAUUCCCAUAUUGAUAGGGCAACUAAAAAACGACAAUUUUUCGGUCUGGGCUGAUUUUUACUUUGCCAGAUAUCAAUGAAAAUUGGAUUUUAAAAGAUAUUUUUUCUUUAUUAUUUUGGAAAUACAAGUACCUGUAAUGAGGAGGUUUCAUAAUAUAUUUCUAUUCUUUGAUAGAAAAUUCUGUAACAGGUAUCAAAUUGUCAAACAUUGAUAUUAAUCUUUUUCCUAGAAACUUCGUAUUUCAAGCUUUUAUUAUGUGAAUAACUCAAGUUCAAAUGUUUUGAAAACAUAGGAAUUUUUUUUUAGUAAAUUCAUAAACUACAAAAGCCUAUCCCUGAGAUAUGGAAUUUGCUUCAAAUUGAAGUGUGUUAUCAUUUUUUCCUAUGCUCAGUUAGGCAUCUUUAUUUGUAUUGUUAUUAAAUUUGUCCUCAUAUUUUCAAUGAAAAUAUAUUCUUGGGCUAACAUCAUUUCAUUAUUAUGGGCUAACAUCAUUUCAUUAAAAGAAAUAAACACUUCAGCAUAAUUUCUGGAAUAAGUCCCUUAAAACAGGAUUAUUAGUAUAGUAAUUUUCCCCUUUUAAACUGUCCUGAGAAUUUUAAACGGAAAUUAGCUUAAUGGUUAUCCAGAUGAACAUUAAAAUGGAAGUUAUUAUUUAUGAAAUAAAAUAAUCAAAAAAUAUGCUCGUCAGGCUAAAGAUUUUCUGAGCAGUUGGGUAAAAAAAAAUGACAAAACUUUAAAUAUUGGUGUUGUUUUUCGACAAAAUAAAUGACAACAGGGUGAGGGUUGUCUAAAUGAUAAGAUGUCAGCCUCUCGCCCAAGAGGUUUUUGUUUUGCACCCAGGGAUACUUUUUCAUGGCUUUUCAAAAUGAAUACCAGGGUCCAAUUUCUCGAAACAUUUUUGAAAAAUCGUUAAAACAGGAUUAAGCUAAGCUGACUAUUUUUGUUUCAGUAUACUUUCAUUAAUUCUCUCAUUUUAAAAGCUUUUGGGAUUAUUACAAAAUGGUAUUUGAAAUAUAAUCCUGAUAUACUACUUUUCGCUAUAUGCAGACGAGAGUAAAACAAUGUAUUACGAUAAUUAGUCUAAAUAAAAUAAGGGACUUGAGCCCGUUAUGUUUGUGAAGUUUCGAGAAAUUGGGGUCAGUACUCCGGUUUCUAUUCAGGAGACGGACUUCCGAGAGAUUCUAUUAGCUAUCAGCUUUUGUCACUUUCGAGCUAAAAAGAAAUUACUUAUUAGUAUAAACUAAAUUUACAUACUAAAUACAUGAGAUGAGUAUUUUACUUUUUUAAUGUUCUUAGGUUAUUUUGGAUGUACAUUUGGAUAAGAUUUUUUAAUUGAUGUAAGAAAUUUUACAUUAAUUAUGUAAUAACAUAAAUUAUGUUAUUAAUGUCGGAACAAUGCAAAUAUUGUUUCUUUACUUUGUUCUUGUACAAAUAUUUAUUAAAGUCAUAUCAUGGCUCAUAAACUAUUCCUUUUGUGUUUAUAUUAAUUGAUUAUUUAUUUUAGACCUUUAUUCUGUACAGAAUAUGAACUUUUUUUGUUAAUAUCUUGAAGCGCUUUUAAAAUGAUAUGGUUUGUAUUAUGUUGUUGACGAUGGUGUUGAGAAAUAUUCCACAUAUUUUCAUUUGUCAUGAAAUUACAGUGUGUGUUUCUGUUACAAAUAAUAUUUACAGAUUUUUGACACCAUACAGUUACAAUUUACAUUAUACAUAAAUCUUUUUUCACUGUUCCAAAAAGUUGGUUAAAAUAUGGUUUUAAGUAAAUUAUUUAUUUAAAUUCCUUGACUUAAUGGCUAGGGAUGAAAUUAUACUUCUUGGUGUUUGCAAUUUUGAGUUGACCAAUGACAAUCGAGGAUUUUUCAAAUUUCUGUGAAGUGUUCAAAAGUUUUACAUAAAUCGAUUCUGUCGAAUGCAUCAAAAAGUAAUUUUAUAGAAUAAUUAUUUCUAUCAGACUAUUUCCCCCCCUACUUGUUAAACUAGUGUCAAUAGUAGUCAUAUACUUUGCAUUUUUGUGGCAGUCAACGUGGCUCGAUGAUUUUUCAAAUUUCUGUUGACGCCUGCUCUAUAUUCUGACCCCAAUUUCUCGAAAAUUCUUAAGUCCCUUAUAACAGGAUUAAGCUAAACUCACUAUUUUUGUUGUUCUAUAAUAUGCGUUAUAUUUACUUCUUUAAAAAAAAUUACAAAUAAUAUAAGAAAAAUCUGUAUACAUGCUUAUUAAAAGAAACCGUUUUUCAUUUAUCAAAAUCCAUUAUUUGUAUGUAUUUUGGCUAUUUAAAAUAAGCGACUUAAGUCUGAAAAGCUUAAGAAGUUUCGAGAAAUUGGGGCCUGUAGAUUGCCAAAAUUACACUGGAUGUUACUGUUUCUAUUAAAAAAAGAAUCUGAUACCAUUUGAACACAUUUUGAAUAUUUUUUUGCAAACAUGACCACUGUUAGAGAAACUUUUUUUUUCGCUGAUUUUAUCGCAUAUGCUGCUUCUGUACAUAAAUAUCAUGCUGUUAAUUCUUUGUUAAUGUGUUUAUUUUAUUUUUAAGUAUAAUAUUUAUUGAAAGGUUGUUUUGAUUGCAAGCUUCUGUUGUGCUUUGUUUAUUAUUUAUAUUCGUAUACAUUGACUGUAUACUGUAAACAUUUGUAUGAAUUGGAUUUCAUCGCUUCUUGUUAUGUUUAGUUUUAUAUGAAUCCAUGAAAAGAGUUUGCUGUAAUUGUAGUAAAUAUACUUGCAGAAUGAAGUUGCUGUGUUAAAUAAAAAAAAUAUACCAUAUCCAAAAUAAUCCUUAAAUAAUCGAACGUUUAUUAAUGAUUAUUUAUUUAUGGAAGUUGUCAAAUGUUAUGAAUAAAUUCAGAAUAAGAUUUUGUACCAAAUUGCAUUAAUAGAUAAAAUAAUUAUUUAAGAUGUGUUUCAAGGUCACAUUUUGAUGAAAACCAUGCAAAGUUACUACACUUUUUGCUUGUAUAUUAUCAUGGCACUUUAUUUUUUUAAUUCUGAAAACAUACAUUGCAAGUAAUUAUUACUAUCUUACGAACUUUACAUUUUAAGAGCUGAUAAAAGUCUUUAAUAAAUGUUAAGAAAUGUACAAGGUACAAGUAUGACAUGCAAAAAUAAAACAUUAGCUUACGGACCUAUUUUACAACAUAUAAGGCAUUAUGACCACAAUAGAAUUUCAUUAAGAAUAUAUAAUUCAUUCUUAUAACAUUCUUUUGCAAAAAAGUAAUCAUGCAUGUUCAUGUUAUAUCAUUUAGGUUGGAAUUAUUUUGUAAGUUAACAUAUGAAUUCUAUCACAAUCAAGUCAUCUCCUGUCAAGAAAUUCGACAAAAAAACAUCUGAGUGGUUGAGAAACCCAGAGAUAACUGUUUUUGAUCAAAUGAAAUUAAUUUGCUAUCUGAAAGAUAUUUUAUCACAUUUCUGGAACUACCGUAGGCUUUUUAUCAAAAAAUGUGAUUCUUUUUUAAUAUGCAUGGAGUGUAUUUUCUGAAUAAAUGUUAUCUACAGUAUCAUAGAAUAGUUUGACCCUUUUAGAUUUCAAACAAUAAGAAAAAUGUACAAUAGCAUUAUCAAACACACGGUUACCGGUAAUAACAUGUACUUGCUGAUUUUUUAUUACGCUAAAGAUGAUCUUUAUAAACUUAAGCUUCAAAUUAAAUUCUAAAAUAUUUGUAUUGAAAUAUACAUGGACAUUUGAAUAUGUUAAAAUGAAUUACACUUGAAAAUAGCUUGUAUAGUGAUUUGAAAAUAGUAAAAUCUUGUCUGCAUUUCUGUAAAUCAUUGCAAAAUCGUGUGACUUAUCUCGUGUUUCAUUGAUUCAAUAUCAUGCAUUCAAUAUUGUCACAACACUUUGUCAAGGAGCAUGAGCAUACUAUGUGGUAUUAAAAAGAGAAAUAAAAAAUAA